CCACCACCACCACCACUCACUCUCCUCCUCCUACUCCUCCUCAUCCUCCAUCCCCAUCCUUACAUCAGCAGCUGGACUCCUUUUUCCACUACCCAUCUCCACACACCGAGCCUACUCCCUCCUCAAAGCGGGUCUAACCAAUGAGUUUCGGCGGAGGACAAAAAAAUCAGGCUGUGUAUUAUGGGAGAGGAUUAAACAAGUGUGUUUAAGAAGGAAAAGAACAACGACAGGUAGGAAUCAGAAGAGCCUGUCUCCCGUGAGCUUGCCACGUCUUCACUGAGAUCUCUUCAACCCACCAUCCCUCGGAGCUACCAACAGCCUCACACCUUACUGCUCCGCUGGUUGGCAGCUCCUCUCACCCCGAGCCAGGAUGAAUGACGUUCAAGAGGCCACCUCCCCUGCGACCAGCCUCAGCGGUCCUGCUACCUGCGUCUCCAAAGUAGAGCUGCGUGUGUCUUGCAAAGCUCUGCUGGACCGAGACACGCUGAAUAAGUCAGAUCCCUGUGUUAUACUCAUGGUACAGACCAACGGACAGUGGACAGAGCUGGACAGGACAGAAGUGAUCAAGAGCAACCUGCACCCGGUCUUUGCCAAGGUUUUCUCUUUGGACUACUACUUUGAGGAGGUUCAGAAGCUGCGAUUUGAAGUCUAUGACAUCCAUGGCACUCAUAGCAUCGGGACCCGCGAUGAUGACUUUCUGGGUGGGGUGGAGUGCACUCUCGGCCAGAUUGUGGCCCAAAAGAAGAUGGUGAAGCCCUUAUUGCUGAAGUAUGGGAAAUAUGCCGGCAAAUCAACCAUCACGGUACAUGCUGAGGAAAUUUCUGGCAACAACGGGUAUGUGGAGCUCUCCUUCUGUGCCAAGAAGCUUGAUGAUAAGGACCUCUUCAGCAAGUCAGACCCAUUUUUGGAGAUAUACCGAAUCAAUGAUGAUGAAACUGAACAGCUUGUGCACAGAACUGAGGUGAUUAAAAACAACCUGAAUCCUGUGUGGGAGCCCUUCAAAGUGUCUCUCAUUUCCCUGUGCAGCUGCGAUGAGGAGCGGAAGCUUAAGUGCCUAGUGUGGGAUUAUGACUCCAGGGGAAAGCACGACUUCAUUGGCGAGUUCUACGCCACGUUCAGGGAAAUGCAGAAAAUCUCCAGUGGAAAUAAGGUGACGUGGGACUGUGUGAACCCCAAGUACAAACAGAAGAAGAGAAACUAUAAAAAUUCAGGAGUUGUCAUCCUCAGUGACCUUAAGCUCCACAGAGUGUACUCCUUCUUAGAUUACAUCAUGGGAGGAUGCCAGAUUCACUUUACGGUCGCCAUUGACUUCACAGCCUCCAAUGGAGACCCCAGGAACAGCUGCUCAUUGCAUUACAUCAACCCUUACCAGCCCAACGAGUACCUGAAGGCUCUGAUAGCAGUGGGGGAGAUCUGUCAAGACUAUGAUAGUGACAAAAGAUUUUCAGCUUUGGGGUUUGGUGCCAGAAUCCCUCCAAAUUAUGAGGUGUCUCAUGACUUUGCCAUUAAUUUCAACCCAGAGGAUGAUGAAUGUGAAGAGAUCCAAGGAGUGGUUGAGGCAUACCAGAACUGCCUUCCUAAGAUCCAGUUGUACGGCCCAACCAACGUUUCUCCCAUCAUUAACAGAAUAGCCAAGCUGGCAGCAGGCGAUGGCAACAUUAAAGAUGCUUCACGAUACCACAUCCUGCUCAUCCUGACAGAUGGUGUAGUGACAGACAUGGCAGACACACGUGAAGCCAUUGUACGAGCCUCCUACCAGCCUCUCUCCAUUAUUAUUGUUGGUGUGGGCAAUGCAGACUUCACAGACAUGCAGAUUUUGGAUGGAGAUGAUGGAGUCCUACGCUCACCAAAGGGCGAACCGGUCUUGAGGGACAUUGUGCAGUUCGUGCCUUUCAGAGACUUCAAAACGGCUUCUCCUGCCGCCCUGGCCAAAUGUGUCCUGGCGGAGGUUCCCAAGCAAGUAGUAGAGUACUACAGCCAUAAGGCCAUCUGCCCUAUGUGUCCUAUGAGGGACUUAGCGACCCCCAUCCUCACCCCAGUCGCCACUACACCAACAGAAUAACCACCUACCCUGUUCCUGGGACCAAGCUUGACCGCAGCACCAGUCCGGCAUACUGAGAGAGGGAAAGGACGCAUGCCUCAUGAUUUUGGACAAGGACUGAAGUGAUCUUUCUAAAUGUAUUGUUACUCAUCUAUUUCAUUUUUCACCACUAUCAAAGUGUUUACACAAGGACAGUGUGACAGAGACUGUGGGUUUUUUAUUUCUCUGAUCAGUGUGGAUCCAGUAUUUCUCCCUGGCUUUGCAAACUGACCAUCCAACUAUUUCAGCAUCAUGAUGGUCCUGGAAGGUUGUACCCCCCUCCUUAAUUUUUAUGCAUGCAGGCCGGUCCUUUAGUGUUAACCCAUCAAUCGGAUACAGGCUUAUUAUUCCUCAUUGCCCAUGACAUUCAAAUUAUUAUUAUUAUUGUCUUGCUGUUUUCCUUAUGUCAUAUCUUCAGAUGAUUUUGAAGAUGUACUAUACAGUACUAUAUGUUGCAAUCAAAAAUAGAUUGCUGAACAAUAUUUAAUCCAGAUAUCACAGAUGAAUCACAGGAAGUAUAAAGAAGAGAUGCUGCAUCGAGACCUGUUACAUUGACCUUCCCUUCAUAUACUGAGUCUGUCCAUCUGCAGGAUUAUGGGCAACAUUUCCAGAUAAACACAAAUGACAAUAAUCAACCAACAACAAUGAGUCGAAAAACAUUCAUGCUCAUGAAAUUAUAAAAAUAUAAAUAUCACCACCAGAAUGACACCAGCCCUACCUGACAAAUACGAGAGCGUUUGGCAGUUAGCAGGUGCAGAUUUCUGAGUAUCAUGUGUAAAAUUAUUAGCUAAAUCACAAUAAUUUGCUAAACCUUCAGUAAUUGGGCCUUCUUAAAAACAGAUGAGAAAACAAAAGCAAUGAAAACAAAUCACUACUUCAGACCUGUUUAUCUUACACAUACGUAUGUUCAACAAUGUGUGAUAUUUGCUCCAGCUUGAGCUCUUAGUAUGCUUUUUCGGUUACAACAGGGAGCUAACAGCUAGUCGCGUCUAGACAGAAAAUACAGUCAGGUUGGCUGGCAGGUUGGAGUAGGAGACUUGUUUUGGUUGUGGUGCAGACAAAGUGUUGCGAAGAAAAGCUGCUUUUUCUGUGGCUAGCUCUGAACAAGACCUAAAUAACAUUUUUUCUCCAAGAGAAGAUGAAUGAUUGCACCCUAUUUUUGGUCUUUUGUCAGGUGGCUAUGAUAUAAGCUGUGAAAAUCAUGCUUAUUGUUGCUCAUGUUAUUGUUGUCAUCCCUGAACCAGUCGUCACGCAGUUAGCAGUCUUCCCUUUUUUGCAGUAUGUUUCAUUAUUUUCUCUUCCCUGCUGCCCUAUAUGCAAUAUAAAACUACUCAAUGUUUCAAAAGUAAUUUAACUGUCGAGCACACAGUUGAGAUCAAAUGAAAGCACAAAGCCGAUCACAGUGAGUGCUGUUAUGUUCAUAAAACCAGAACUGGAACGAGUUAUCAGGUAAAUUCACACCAGAAUAUUAAAAAAAUAUUAUUACCCAGUCCUUGCAGUGACUAUUAAAAAGUUUCUUACUAUAAAAUUAGUGUUACUGCUUUGCUCAACAUUGCACAUGUGCAUUACCUGAACAAAGUGUUCUGUGUGAUGCCUGAAGUAUCACAAUUUUUUUGAAAGGCUGCCUCUGUUCUGUCGAGCUUUACAACGUGCAUCAUAUUCAUAAAGCUAUAACCUUCACUUUCAUUUGCCUGUGUAAGAUUGACGUCACGGUGUUCAAAGCGCAGCCUAUAAAAAAGAAAAAGAAAAAGCAGUGUCAUAUUUUCCAAAGGAAUGUGUUAAAGCUACAGAGGCUUAGAUGUGACCUUUCACUCAAAUCGACUCUUUAAAGUUGGUAAAAUGUGUCUGUUUCAGAUGCUCUUUGUUUUUUAUUGUAAAUACCCGUGUGAGUAUUGCGAUCAAACCAAGCAGGGAAGGAGAGACAAUGUGUUCAAGUCACAGGUAAAUACAUUUUCAAAGAGUAAAAGAGAUGAACUGAACGAAUGCCAACCCUUUCAAUAUUUUUAUCACUUGUGGAAGAAACCUUGACACCCUCACAACAUAAUGUCAUCUCAGCUUUAUCAAGCAAAACAUUUCAGCAGAUGAUUCCACCUUAAAAUCUGAACUUAUUUAUUUAUUUAUCAAACAUCAUUAAGAACAUCUAACACAACCCCUUUACUGUAGUGGAUCAUUUUCUUGCCCUUCCCUUGGUUUUUGAUAGCAUAUGUAAACUAAUAUUCCACUGGGUUGAAGAACUACGUUUCAGAUCCAAAUAAAGUAAAAUCCACCUAAAACAUUUUAUGAAUAAAGUUCAAACACUGUUGACAGCAGACUGACUUAAAAGUAUGAGCAACACAAAUGCUGUGCUAUAUAACUUGUACAAACCCUAAAAUGUUUUGGUUUGGCCUGAUUGUUCAUUAUUUGUGGCCUGGUCUAGUAACGAGACUAUACUUUGUGUAUUUGCUGAGUGUUUUUGAAUUUAUCUUAUAUGGUGUAAUUGUGCUCUGAGCGGCUCUGAAUGGUGAAAACCAAGCUGUCCCUGCCAUUAAAUGCAUUGGAAGGAUAUCUAGUCUUUACAUCUAGUCUAACAUAGACAUAUCACCCAUAGACACCCUCAAACUACAAAUACUAAUCUGACUUUUAUUUGUCCUCUAAAGCUUCACCAGCCCUCCCCAGAUAAAGACUAUUGACUUUUAAUGGAUGCACCAAAACACAGUUAGCUCUGCUGUUGGCUGCUCUCUGAACUCCUUUGAAGACUGCAACUAUUGAGGAUUCUUCAGUCACUAUGGAUCACAGGAUGAUGCCUAUUGAUUCAGCAGGCAUAGAUUUGGAGCCAUGCUCAGUUUCUUGAAUGUAAAUGAUCCUGGGGGGACUUUGGUCUCACUGACUGAAGCUAAGCUCCAUGCGACUGGUUUAAAACAGGGAAGGAAUGGAUGCAACAAUUAGGAAACAGUAUUUAACAAAAUUAUUCAUUGAGAAACCUUGUCAUUUCUGUAUGAUGAUUCAUUUGGGUUUUUUUUUUUAUUUACCCAUCUUAAUAAUUAAUAUUCCACAUUCUUCACUUGUAAAAACAAGUACAGUAUGUCACUCUAAGGAUUCCUAAUUGUCAAAAAAUGUAAAACUCAGAUGAAAACUACUAUCACAAAAAGCAUUUUGAAGCCUUUAUCUGUGAAACCAGCUUUGUGCUUUUCCAUAAUUCUUUAGAGUGGCUACUUUUCUGUCUAAAGAACAUGUAAAGAUAUUAACCAAUAUUCCUGCUCCUUGAGGGCAAACCAGCUCACAAAUUAACAUUUAAAAGGCAGCACUUCCUCUGUGAUUCGUGCCUUACAUGGCAAUUCACUCUUUGUCCCCCAUUACCUGGAUCACCUUAUUGCUACUUCGCCUCAGGUUAUGAGCUGCACCAGCUCAAAUGGUGCCUGUACUCUUUAACAUUUGUAUGAAACGUGAUACAAUUGAUAGAUAAAUGACCUCAGAACAUUCUAAAUACUACUCCUUUAUCUCUUAAUAAGUAAUUUUAAAGUGUUACUCACUUCAAACAUCAAUGUAAUGAACCAAGCAAAUGUUGUGUGCUCUGGUAUUACCUGAACUACAAAAUGUGUUGGAUUUCUUAUGGUAAAACACGUUUAACGAUGAUGCAUGGGUCUGUAAUCAUUCAUCAGAUUUGCCCAAAACAAAUUACUCUUUGGAAGUUAUUUAAGUAUUUAUCUCAUUCAUUAAAUGAUAUGUUUCAUUGCAGUCAAUCAUGUAUGAAAUGCUGCCGGAGCUAUAUGAACCCAAGUGCACAGCCGAAAAAAACAUGUCUUAAUGGGAAACCAUCAUUUGUGCCACAGUGGUGCAAACAACAGUGAGUGGAAACACUCGAGACAAACAGACCACAGUUCAUGUGGCCAUGUUACGCUGCGGAUUAUUCAAAAAAUCUGGACAGAAUUUACUGAGCUGCUUAUUUCCCCUUAUCUAAACUUACACCAUUGUCAGACAAAAUUAACAAGUCAUAAGUUUUAUACCACACUAAUCCACUGUUGAUCACAAUAAGGUUUACAGCCCAUAACCCUAAUAUGCAACUGGUGUAACUGCCCGGCUGUGUGGGUGAAAAGCAACCCAUGCACCAUUAGUAAAUAUCUGAUUUCUUUUAAAGGGAGAACAGGAUUUAUUGCAUGCUUACUUUUACUGUUAAGCUGUGCUGUGCAGUCAUUCCUUU